AUGGUGCAAGUCAAAAUGUCCAAAUCGCCCGUAGACCCUCUGUCUGCUGUGGAAACCGGCUCCCAGUCGCACUAUUUCCAGUUGCCCAGAAAGUUGCCUAAACGCAAGAGCCGCUUCAAACGCUCAGAUGGCAGCACGUCUUCUGACACAACAUCCAGCUUCAUCAAACGGCAGGGGUCGGCUGAUUCGUACACCAGUAGACCGUCGGAUUCAGACCUGUCAGCAGAGGAGGACCGCGAGGCGUAUCGGCGUGAAGCCGAGCGCCAGGCACAACAGCAGCUCGACAGAGCUAAGUCCAAACCCGUAGCGUUUGCAGUAAAGACAAACGUGAGUUACUGUGGAGCUCUCGAUGAGGACUGUCCUGUCCAAGGAGCUGCAGUCAAUUUCGAUGCCAAAGACUUCCUGCACAUCAAAGAAAAGUACAAUAAUGACUGGUGGAUCGGCCGGCUAGUGAAGGAGGGGGCAGACAUCACCUUCAUCCCCAGCCCCCUACGACUGGAGGCGAUGAGACUCAAGCAGGAGCAGAAACAGAGGAAAACAGGAGGUAACUCCUCGAGUUUAGGCGACAUGGUGAGUGGGAGCUGGAGGACCACACCGCCAUCUGCCGGUGAAUCUAAACAGAAGCAAAAACAGGAACAUGUCCCUCCCUACGACGUGGUGCCCUCUAUGAGGCCGGUGGUCCUCGUGGGACCAUCGCUGAAGGGCUAUGAGGUGACAGAUAUGAUGCAGAAAGCGCUUUUUGACUUCCUGAAACACAGAUUUGAGGGAAGAAUCUCAAUCACCCGUGUAACUGCCGACCUGUCCUUAGCCAAGAGAUCCGUCCUCAACAAAAGACCCAUAAUGGAAAGAUCCAACACUCGCUCCAGCUUAGCGGAGGUUCAGAGUGAGAUCGAGAGGAUAUUUGAGCUCGCCAAAACCCUGCAGCUGGUGAUUCUGGACGCAGACACCAUCAACCAUCCCGCACAGCUCGCCAAAACCUCCCUCGCACCCAUCAUUGUCUACGUUAAAGUUUCCUCACCAAAGGUGCUCCAGAGGCUGAUUAAAUCCAGGGGGAAGUCUCAGAGCAAGCACCUGAAUGUGCAGAUGAUGGCUGCAGACAAACUCUCUCAGUGCCCCCCUGAUAUGUUUGAUGUCAUUUUGGAUGAGAACCAGCUGGAAGACGCUUGUGAGCAUUUGGCCGAAUACCUGGAGGUCUACUGGCGUGCCACUCACCUCCCAGGCAACACCCCUCUUAAUCCCUUACUGGAGCAAAGUCUGAUGACGCCGCCUUCUGCCAUCUCUAGCCUACAGAACAAGAACCAGCCGCAGCCUCGUGAGGCGGUGGGCUUGGAGGGUGAUGAGGAGGAGGAGGUCGGCGAGGAGGCCCACUCCCCCUUGGAGCAGGACAGUCUUAUGCCAUCUGACGAGGCCAGCGACUCCCUGUCUCGUGGCCGGAGAGGGAGCCCAUGCCACAGGGGGGGCGAGGAGGAUGAAGAGGAGGAGGAGGAGGAGGAGGAGGAAGAAGAAGAGGAGGAAGAGGAGGAGGAUGAGUACGCCUCUCCCUGCCACGCUCGCACAUACAGGGACAUGUACCCGCCUCACCGUGGGCACCCAGGCAGCGCCCACAGUGCCAACGGGCAUGAGUCACAGGACAGGCUGCUCCAGCGCGAAGCUCAGCAAGGUCACAACCAGAGGAACAACCGCCAGCGCAGCCGCCCCUGGCCCCGAGACACCUACUGA